AUGAAUUCGGACUUGUAUCUGUACAUCCGGCGCCGUUCUGCUAUUGGAAAAUCUAAUCUUCGGGAUUAUUUGUCAGGCUGCAAAGACUUUUUACCAUUACCGAUGUCUACAUUGGCAUUGAAAGGCAGUGACAGUACUGCAAACGAUGACUGGAAGUCAACUCUUAAGCUUCCGGAGAAGGACAUGCGUAUUAAAACGGCUGAUGUAACUGCUUUGAAAGGAAGCAGCUUUGAAGACUUUUGUCUAAAGAGAGAUAUCCUGAAGGGAAUAUACGAGAAAGGUUGGGAGUCCCCAUCCCCGAUCCAAGAAUCCAGUAUACCAAUAGCUCUAACGCACAGAGAUAUAAUGGCAAGAGCCAAAAAUGGCACUGGCAAAACUGGAGCUUAUUCAGUCCCUGUCCUAGAAUCGAUCGAUACUACAAUCAACAAAAUUCAGGCUAUUAUUUUGGUACCCACUCGAGAACUUGCACUUCAGACCAGCCAAAUCUGCAUAGAACUUGCCAAGCAUACGGCUAUUAAAAUCAUGCUGGUAAUCGGUGGCACACUGCUAAAAGACGAUUUAAUAAGACUAAGUCAAACCGUCCAUGUUUUAAUCGGCACGCCCGGUCGUUUGGUAGAUUUACUAAGCAGGGGACUCAUUGACAUAUCCAGGUGUAAAAUUGUUGUUCUGGAUGAAGCAGACAAACUACUGUCCGAAGAGCUCAUAAGUGGGGUUGAGGAGAUUCUCAAUGGUGUGGAUAAAAGUCGUCAAGUUCUUGUUUAUUCAGCAACGUACCCCGUUACAGUCCAGUCAUUUAUGACUCAGCAUUUGCGCAAUCCCUAUCAAAUAAACUUAAUGGAGACAUUAACGCUAAAAGGAAUUACUGAAUAUUAUGCAUAUGUCCAAGAAAAGCAUAAGGUACACUGCUUAAAUACGUUGUUUUCAAAACUGCAGAUCAGCCAGUCCAUAAUUUUCUGUAGUUCAGCACAACGAGUCGAACUUCUUGCCAAAAAAAUCACCCAGUUGGGAUAUUCCUGUUAUUAUAUACAUGCAAGGAUGUCUCAGCAGGACCGUAACAGAGUCUUUCAUGAUUUUCGGAAUGGUUGCUGCCGCAACCUUGUUUGUACAGACCUUUUGACUCGUGGAAUUGACAUUCCGACUGUGAAUGUUGUUAUAAAUUUUGACUUCCCAAAAUAUUCUGAAACAUAUUUGCAUCGUAUUGGUAGAUCUGGUCGUUUUGGUCAUUUGGGUAUUGCUAUAAACUUGGUUACGUAUGCAGAUAGGUAGGUCCUUUGCUCAUACUUAACUUACUCUCAGAUAUUCAUUAAAAACAGUGGAAACAGAACUAGUUACUGAAAUCAAACCAAUUCCUAAAGAAAUCGACAAGCGGUUAUAUGUUGCGGAAUACCAAAAUGAAAAUAAUUUGGAUCCAAUGACAAGAGAGGCACUGUUUAAUGGUCGUGGGUUGCCUUCAGGCAACAAAGAAGAGGUUGUAAACAAUCAUUAAUAUAUAUGACUUCCCGGUGACUUCUGGGCAUUUACCUAAGAUGCUCGCCACUUUAGAAUCCCUAAUUUUUUUGAGUUUAGGUUAUCCCUAUUAUUUUCUUCGCAGCUUCAAUGAAUCCAUUCCCACUCGUGAUAUGCUGUAUAGUUUAAUUUUUCCCAUCUGUCCUUUUCAGUUGGGGUUUGUUUUUUCAAAUGUUUAUUUUUUUUGUUAUUAUAAUUAACCCUAACCAGAACUCCCACUUCCCUUGUAUUAUAUCCCAAAUGUACAGUUAGCUUAUAUGUUCAUGAUGUUAAUGACUGUUUACCAUCCGUGUCGCUUUGAAAGUUCCCUGUGGCUUUGUAGCAUCCAAAUGAUGGCUUUGAGGAGUGUGUUGGAUCUACUCGCCACCCAUCCCAUAUUCUGUAUGUGGUCAGUGUUGCCCUCAUUCGCUUGCUAAUGGCUGUUGUUAUUUUCCAGGAAGCUGACCAAUGGUGUUUUAUUUGAGUUUCAAAUAAUUAAGUAAAUAAAGGUUCUUGGUAGAAUAACAAUUGCUUUCAUAUGUUUAUGACCGGGUGGGUAGAUUUGCUUGGAAGUUUUGUCGGUACACACACAGAACUCAGUCAUUGUCUUGCUAUCGACAAUAGACCCUGGUUAGCGAUGUUUCUCUUUCUGCCUAUGUGGUGGGGUGUCCUACCCCACUAGUAUUUUAUCAUAGGUGUCUUCGAAAUAUUGCUCGUAUAUCCUGGGACCAUCGAGUAAGUAAUGCAGUUGUUAGGAAACGGGUACUAGGUAAGAAUGGCAAAUCAACUGAUGACGUAGUGAAACUUCAUCAGUUGAGAUGGCUGCCCAACCACCGACUGCCUCGACGCGCGAUGUUCAGUGGUAUAGGAGUAGAUUGGAAGAAAGGUAGGGGCGACCAGACCAAAACAUGGCACAAGUCCAUGAAGUCACUGACAAGUGGACUGAGUCAUGUUGGUAGGUGUAGACUACCUGGUUGGGGACCACGAGAUGAUAGCAACCGAUGGUUAGAGACCCUGAAUGAUAUGGCUCGAGAUCGUUUGCAAUGGCGCAGGUGCAUCCACUCUUUGUGUUCUCCCAAAUUUUGAUCUCCUUGUCUCUUUUUUGUCUUCCCAAGUUUAUUUCACUGUAUUAUACUCUUUAAGUAACAUCUCCAAACACUAAUCUUGCCGAUUACUGCUUAUACUCUUAUUACCUCUACCACCACGGAAUUUGAAUCGACAACUGCAUCUCUAUGCUGAUGUGGUGUGGCAACUCGGACUGAUGUACGUACGUACGAAGUUCUGCGUUGUUACUGACUGGUGGGGUGUCCUCAUUCUCAGGUGUCUCAAGUACUGCCAUCGUCCCUAAAAAUGUGUCGACAUACGAAUUACUCGGUCUCCAAAAUGGUGGACGUCGUGUUUGCAAGAUGCAACAGUGCAAAGUAUUAUCAGCCUUUCAAAAGUGACAAAUAUUCUAGUAGUAUCGGUCGUACCAUAGACGUUAUCAGGUCCUCAGCUCAAUAUUUUCGCACUUCUAGAACUCGAACGACCCUGGUAAUCUCAGGUCGGUCGCCAUUGGUGUUAGCCUGUUUUCUAUUUAAGAACAAAGUGUUGUUUGGUUCAUAUUAUAUCUAAUUCUAGAAGGGGAAUUAGUUGUGACGUUGGUGCUGAUGCACUUACGUCGAAGGUUUUGUGGCUCACGUUCGAAGCGCUGAUAAAUAUUCGGUGGAUACACUUGGUCUUAUCACAUCUAUGAAGUGCUGUUGGAUGUAUUGCUGGGUCCAACUGACAAGAGUUGUCAAUAGGUUGGUCGUAAUAAGGUAUAUGGAUAUGCUACCCAUAAGAGGCGUGGUCGGAAUUACUUGACCUAACCCGUAAUGAUGCACAAAGCAGUUGUGGGUCGAAUGACUAAAACCUAAGCAAGUGAUGAAUACGGUUCCAGUGUCCAUGACAAUCAAGUCUGGCAACAUCAUAAUCAAGAUUGAUGUGAAGGCGAUUGCAGCAUUCCUACCAAUUGAGAACAUAUGAUGCACGACACAACAUCAAGGUCCGAAUUGUCAGUAGCUACGAGACAGUUCGGUCGUACAGAGCUACAACUUGGAUAACUACUACAACCGUCCUCAGACAAGGUACAACUGACUGUAAACAUUUGUCAACGUAAGGCACCGAGUGUCCACCGGCAAGAUACCACUAGCAACAAUCCACUAUGGCACAGAACAAACCAGCUUUCAUCUGAAGGAAUUAGGGAAAGACGCUGGAGAGGUCUAUGGCUUACACUAACGAUACCGACUAACCGCAUCGUGAGACGAACUUGGGAUCUUGAAGUUCAAUAGCAGAGAAGAACAAAAUAGUUGUCUUACCGAGACAAAGAGAUUGACACCAAAUGAAUGAAUAGCUCCUAGUAACAGCUGGGAACGAGGGCCUAUGUAAUGCAGUUGUCAAGAAGGUGCUUUGUAUUUCUACUGUUAUGCUACAGUGUAAUAACGAACUGCAAGUUGUAAUGAAACUACCAGAGUUAUGUUCAUCGUCUGUCAAUAGAAACAGGCAAUUUUCUGGAUAGCGAUUUUUUGUCCCAUUAAUAACCAUUACUAAUAAAAACGCUUUCUAGAUGUUGCUCUUAUCUUAAGGGAUUUCACUGAUUUGUCAGAAUAACUGUGAGAUGAAUGUCUCAUUUGCACUUUGUAAGGCACGUCAAUCUACGAGUAAUAUCUUGACAAAAUACUCAUAUAUCAUAGUAAAUGUUUUACGCCGUCAUUCCGUAGCCAGUACACAUUUAAAGGUCACUUUUCCGACAUUAUUCUGAGAUGUCUGUUCAUAAUAUGAUUUGUACCAGUCAUUUACUUAUAAACAUUUUAAUGUAUUUGAUCUUCGAGGUUCUAGAUAUCUCUAGUCGACGAUAGGCAUCUGGAUGUAAACUUCGUCACCUGUUCCCCAGAAUUUAUUAAGUUAUUUCAAGUAAACUGUUCAUUUUUAAUUGUACACAAAAACCGUUUUACAUAUAUUAUUUUUUGGUUAACCGAGUUAGAUGACGAUUUUAAUCUUACCCGGGCAUCAGAUGAAUUAUUUGUAAGCUAACAACUUAGUUUCAAUUCAGCAAGGAAUCUUCAAGUGGGAAGAUUAAGGAUCAGUUUGCAGAACACUUCAAUUCCAAAUGCGCGAACACUGACCAUUAUGAGAAACUCCAAAUGUUAUCCCAACCUGCCACUAUGUGUAUAGCCGUAAAUAAGAUUAUCACGUAAUACUUUUGACAUAGCAUAAAAGUAGUUGAAGAUUGGAAGGAAAUGGGAUAUUAAACUGUAGACCGACUGCGCAAUAAAAUUCUCUUUACGACUGCUAAGAGACCUAGAACUGUGUAACGGUACUCCUGACUGUUUAAGUGAAAAUGUCAAAUAGUGAAGAAUUAGUGGCAGACUAAAUAAUUAUUAAAAAAAGAAUUAGUGUGGUAAGAAUUACUCAAAUUUGUG